CCAAUUUGCAUAUGCUUCAAGGCAGCUAACCCACCAUCUUUUCUCUAUCAAAUAAUACAUCUCACACUAUAAAAAAUUAUGUCCCUGGAUAUCUCUGUCUAUAUAUAUGCAACACAAACAAAGACAACACACAAAACACAAACAAAAACGACGAGAUAUGGCACAGGAAAGCAUUGUUCCUGAGAGAGCGAAGCUCGUGAUAUCGUUGAUCAUUCUGCAGCUAUGCUUUGCAGGGUUUCACAUAGUCUCAAGAGUUGCCCUCAACAUUGGUGUUAGCAAGAUUGUGUACCCUAUUUACAGAAACAUUAUUGCAUUGCUAUUGGUAGGGCCUUUUGCCUACUUCAUGGAAAAGAAGGAAAGAACACCUCUCACAUUCUCAUUGUUGGCUGAGUUCUUCCUUCUUGCACUAGUGGGAAUCACAGCAAACCAGGUGUACUACAUCCUAGGUUUGUACUAUGCAUCACCAACCUUUGUAUCAGCAAUGCAAAACACAGUACCAGCACUUACAUUCAUCAUGGCGACUGCUUUAAGGAUUGAGCAAGUGAAUGUUAUGAGGAUGGAUGGUUUGGUGAAAGUUCUAGGGACUUUAGUGAGCAUUGGAGGAGCUACAGUUAUCACCUUGUACAACGGGCCUCCAAUUUUGAAUGGAACUAAUUCAUCAACAGAGAGUUCAAGCAAAAUGCAGAGCUGGGCAUGGGGUUGUAUAUUUACCUUUUGCCACUGCUUAUCCUGGGCUGGAUGGAUGGUCCUUCAGGCUCCUAUUGUGAAGAAGUACCCUGCCAAACUCUCACUUACCUCAUUCACACUCUUCUUCGGAUUGAUUCAAUUCCUAUGCAUAGCCGCAUUCACAGAAAGGGAUCCAACACACUGGCAAAUAGUGUCGGGGGAAGAAAUUUUUACAAUCUUGUAUGCUGGGAUAAUAUCAUCGGGACUUGUAAUAGUUUUACAAACCUGGUGCAUUCAAAAGGGAGGUCCGGUGUUUGUUUCCAGCUUCCAGCCAGUCCAAACAGUAUUAGUUGCUGGAAUGGCAUCCAUAGUUCUUGGUGAUCGAUUAUACUCUGGAGGAGUCAUUGGAGCUACACUGAUAAUGAUUGGCCUCUAUCUAGUUUUAUGGGGUAAAACCGCAGGAGCGAGAUAUCAAAGGCAAGACAAGGAAGAGACUCUCACAAAACAUCUAUUAGAAGGCAACACCAGUAGUCAAGAGUGCCCUACUACGGUUGAUAUUCCGUAGUUUUUUUCCUGUCAACAAAUUUAGAGCCUUCACAUGCUGAAGGGCUCAGAAGUCUUAGGUCAUUUCCUGUAAACUGUCCAAAACAGGCUCAGCAUAAAAAAUAUUAACAUGUAAAUCUUCA